GGGGCAGCACACACUCCACUGUACACUGUCUCAUUCCAGAACAAGGAUGGUUCGGGGACACCCCGCCCCGUCAUGUCACCUUGACGUCCCUGCACUAGAGGCCAAUGUGUCUAAGAGCGGUAGCCAUUUUGUGAGUGACUAUGGCACCCUCCAGAGAGCGCCGCGCUGCCUCCUUACAGCAGACAUUGUGAGGGCGGGGCAUCCUCUAGUGUCAAGAAUUUCACACCUGGAUUAGGCGCCGAGAUUGAAAAUUGAAGAUCGCUUUCCACGGAGACAGGGUCGUGGUCAGGACAUCUGUAUUUCGGACCUUUGUGCCAGUAGAGUAUGGAGGUGAAGCGUCAGCCCCUGAAGCGACUGUGUCCAGAAUCCAGGAACGAAUCCCCAAGAAAGAGACGCCUCACUGCCCCUGAAGAUGAGGCUGAGAACAGAGACCCGGGAGCCUUGGAGGAGUCGUCCAAGAGGGGAAGGACUUCUCUGCUGCGCCUUACUGAGCGGGAGGUGAAACCAGACACCCCGGCCAUCCUGUCAGUGAGGUCACGUAUCCAGAUGCUUCAGGAGAUGGGCAGGAGAGAUGAUGCUCAGCCUGUCAGAGAAGAUUCUUUAUCCUGGACAGAGUGUGAGAAGGACAUCUCUGGACUGGGAGGUACAGCAAGAGAAGAUGCAGAAACCCUUGAAGGAUGUAAGGAUAUGGAUGCUGCAGAGAACUCUGAAUGUAAAUGGGUUAUGGAAGAACAUCCCCUGCCAGUGGCUCAUAGCACCUUAACCGCUCGCCGCCCUUUGCACUCAGAGGAUGAGCCUCCAAGUACAGAGACUGCCAGCCGCCUUCGUAAGGAGCGCCAGGAAGAGCUGGCGAUGGUUUGUGCAGUGCUGGACCGCGGUAAUCCAUGGAGAGCAGCAUCCAUGAGGCAGCCACAGAAGAGGGCUCUUGAACAUGCCAGUCAGGACCUCAGCAGAGGGAAAAGAAGGCGGCGAGUGAAAGCCGGACGUGGGCGUGUGAAAAUGGGUCCCAUGUUGGAUUCAGACUCAAGUGGAUCAGAGAGUGUGGAGCAGUCUCUAGAAGGAAGUGAUGGAUCCCUAGAUAUAUCAGAUGAACGAUGCGUGUCUUCUCUUGAAGUUCGGCUUAGAAGAUCCUGUGAUUCUGAUUCUCUUGCACCAGAGGACCCUCAAUCUUCCAUGUGUGAGGCAGAAGACAUGAGGCCUUCAAAAGAAGGAAUCAAUGAGGGAGACAGCCGAAGAUUAACAUUGAACAGCUCUGAGUUGAUUGACAGAAUAUUUGAGGGUGUCCUGGAUGUAAGUGAGGCUGCUGAAGAGUCAGACGAGGUGGAUGUGGAACUUCCUCCUGUGUCCAUGCUCUCGCCACUUACCAAAUCCUUGGAUUUUCAGUCUGCAAUCAGCCCUCUUAGUUCUGUUGUAUCUAGUCUACCAGAGCUGCUUGAGGAGUCCCCCAAAAUUCCAAAGACCUCAGCCAAUGAAGAGAACAAUCUUCCUUAUAGCGUUGACACUUACCGAACUCUUCGGAAGAAUAUUCAUGAAGAGCCCACUGCUCAGUUAAGUGUGGCUGCCCGAAACUACCAACCAAAGAGGCAGAAUGUGGAACAUGUGCAUGUGGAUCUGAAGGAGAAGAUUAAGCUCCUGAGUAAGGAAGUGUCCUCUCUCCAGCGCAUCAUUGAGCAGUCAUGCUGUGCAUUGAGCUACUGUGUGGAUGCUGAGCAUGGGAAGGGCACUCGGCAGGAGGCUGAAGCUGAGCGGUUGCUGCUGGUCUCCUGUGAGAAAAAAGCUGCUUUGCUAAAAGAACUGGAACGACUCCGAGAAGGGCGGUCAGAGGACCCAUCAUCCAGUCCUGUCGGUGAGCUGAGGGCUUGUCUUGGUUCUGUCACCAUAUCUGACAUCCGGCUACCUCUCAAAGUGGAUUAUGUGUGCUCCACCUUUUUGGAAAAAGGGCCUGUAGGACAUUACUUUCUUAUCGUGAUCCGUUAUGGAGCCUAUAAUGUAGUGGCUACACCUUUGGCUAAUGCUUCUGAUGCCCAAACAGGAGACACCAUAAUAUUCCCUACGACAGUUACACUGAACAACACCUCCUCAGACUUCAAAAUUGAGAUUGAGGUCUACAGUCUGGCACAACCUGGAUCUACACUGGUGCUGGAUAAGAGGAAGUCACUGAAGCCCAAGAUCACACCCAAGAAGCUCCUGUCUUCCCGAAAAUCCUCCCUGAAUUCUCCAGCCUGUAGUCCUGCAGUCAAUACACCAAUCCGAUCCAGUAGUUUCCUGCUUGUUGGAUCAUUGACCCUCACUCUGGAAUCUUUGGGAAAGCUCAAGUUCCCCCUGGAAAAGAUGAAAUUGGAAGGGAAGGUCGGUCGUCUGCUUGGAAAUCAUUUCCAGGAUAAGGUUCCUUUUCUGUCUCCCUUGGAAGGAAACCUCUACCUGAAGGUGCAGUGUCAGAGUCACUCUGAUGUCCAGCGCAGUGGAUUCCUGACCAUGUUUGAGGAUGUCAGUGGACUGGGGGCUUGGCACAGACGUUGGUGUGUCCUGUCAGGGAAUACUCUUUCGUUUUGGGCAUAUCCUGACCAAGAAAACAGUAAGAAACCUCUAGGGAGGAUCAAUCUUAUCAACUGCACCAGUGUGAAGGUCGAGGCUGCCAAAAGAGAGAGCUGUGCGCGGCCCCACACCUUGGAGCUCAUCACGAUGAGACCACAGAGAGAGGAUGACCUAGACACCCUGGUGACACAGUGCCGCAACAUGCUUUGCUUCACCAAGAGCUGGCUCUCUGCAGAUACUAAGGAAGAGAAGCAGUUGUGGAUGGACUGUCUGAACCAAGUUCUUCUAGAUCUUAGAACCUGGAAGACUAGUUCUGGGAAGGCGACCUCACACCAAGGGGCGCACAGUCCAGUCAUUCAGUCCUCUGCCAGAUGAGAUGUUUUUAGCUUUGUGUAGCCACUGACUAAUACUGUGGCUGCUUAUUUUAUGCACAUUUAUAUUGGAGUAACUACAGAAAGAAGCUAAUACUUUAUAUAAUAAGGUGAAGGGACAUGGUAUGGAUGUACUGUAUAUUAUAUUCUAUAUGUGUAUGUAAAGUCACUGUCUGUUUUAGGAAGAACAUUAUGCUGCUCUCUACAUGUUUGCUGCCUGCACUUGUUGCUGUGGUUAUAAAGUUCCUGUUGAUUCUAACGAAUAAAUAAUUUAAUGUUU